AUGGUUCAAGCGCUUCCAGCGUAUGCCAUGUCCUGCUACCUGUUGUCAAAAGGUGUUAUUGAGGAUAUUAAGACCCAAGCGAGGUCGUAUUGGUGGUCGGGCAAGCAGGAUGCUAGAGUUUGGAGACUCAUUAAUGACGAGGAGUCACUAGCCUUUAAGGUUCUCAAGGCCAAGUAUUUCCCUCGUUCAAACUUUCUUGAAGCCAGACUUGGGGACAUGUAUUCUUAUGCGUGGGCAAGCAUUAUUAAGGCUAAGGAUGCACUGAUUGAAGGCUUUUUUUGGAGAGUGGGGAUGAACAGCUCAACACGGAUAUUCCUAGACAAAUGGGGGGACUCAGGCCCUCUCAAGUGGAAUGAAAGAUACAUGGAUAGUAGUGUUGUUCCUAUUAGGGUGGCGUAUUUUAUGCUUCCUGACUAUCCCAGAUGGGAUGAGAAUAAAGUCCGAUAG